AUGAAUCGAAACUUUGGUUAGUAUUUUUAAUUAUCGAAGUUGACUACAAUAAUGAUGGAAUGUGGUUAAAUAGAUUAUUAUCUAAGAAAACAUGAGAAUCGUAUAGGAAUAGUUCAUGAAGGGGGAGAUUAUUUUUAUUUAGCAUAUUUAGAAAAUAAUGAAUUUUAAUAUGAUACCUUCUUUGAAUACCUAUCUAAAGAUUAAGAAGAAAAUGAAGGAGAAUCUAGUUUGUAAGAUAAUCAAUCAAGUUCUGCAUCUGUUUAAACAUAAAAACUAUUGUAUUGUUUCUGUGGUAAAGUUCUUUAUCUAUUUAUUUGUUAACAAUUUGGUGAGAUUGUUCAAGUUGAAUUAAAAACACAAAAGGAGAAUGAUUUUAAGAUUAAAAUGCAAUAUCUACUUAAUAUGAGUGCUUAAAAGAAUACAGAUGUUUUAGCUCUUCUAUACUCUAAUUAUACAUUAGAAAUAAGGAACACUUAGACAUUAGAUAUACUUAUCCAAUUAGAAUUGACAUCCUUCCCCCUUAUUAAGAAUCUAAUAAUUUAAAAUUCUAUAAUAGUAAUUUAGUAUUAUAAUAAUAUCCUACAUUACUGCUAAAUAAGACCUUCUAAAAUUCAUUAAAUAUAUAUUUUGAAUGGACAUUUUUGUAAAAUUUAUUAAAGACUUCUUAUCUUUAAAGAAAAUUCGCAUCGAUUUAAAUUUUAUUAUAAUCUCUCAAAACCUAAAUUGCUCCGUUAAGUCAAUUUAUUAAAAAAAAACAAAUCCACUUAUAAAUUUAUUCAAAAGUAAGAUUAGAUAUUUUUGAAAGAGAAAUCUAAAAAAUUUGCAAAGUUCUCUUAUUAUAAAUGGUGGAUUGGAUGUUUUCAACAGAGCAAUCUUGUUAAUUAAUAUUUUGAAGGAUAAAUUACAUCCAGAGAAGCAAAAGAAAAAGUCUAUAUAUUAUAAUAUGAAUUGAUAAAUUUGGAUCACUAAUAGAAGGAGGAAAGCAUAGAAGAUUUUUGGUCUCCUUGUCAUCCAGUUUAUGAUAGAUAUGGUUGGGGUUGA